AUGUCUGGAGUCAAGGAGGAGCCUGAAAUUCAGCGCAUCAUGGCGGGCGAGGCGAAUCUUGCUCGACAAGCGAUCGCGGCCCUGGGCGGAGGAGUCGGUACGAGUGGGUCGCAGAACGCUGUGGCGAGCGGGUCGGGGACGCAGAAUGGUCAGGUGAGCAGUGCAGGAACGCAGGCAGGUGCGACGUCGUCGAGCGACGCGAAGCCAUCGAAGGGCACGACCGUCCUCUUCCCGCACCGCACUUCCUUCUCGACCGCCGACGAGUUCUUCGCCGAAUGCUCGACGCGGCUCCGGUCGCAGUACGGCUACCCCGCCAAUCCGUCGAAGCGCAAGGACGACAAGGUGACCGUGCGCUGCUUCUGCCACAAGCUGAAUGGCUGCCCGUUCCGCGUCUGCGCUCUCAAGCAGCAGGACGGCAGCUGGUUCGUGCAGAACAAGGCGUGUACCUGGGACCACUCGCAUCCCGCUUCGACGACACCUCUCCCGCCGUCCAUCUCGACGACGCCUCUUCCGGCGUCUCGUCCAGCUUCGACCGCUCCGGCAUCGUCGUCGUUCAUUGGGCCGCAGCCACUCGUGCCGGCGGUUGCUUCGACCUCGUCUCUGGCGCCUUCAGCCGCAACAAAUUCUACUCUUGCGGCAUCCUCGCCCCGGGCAAUAGAGCCAGUCGCGCAAACGGUACAUGCAUCGAAUUCGUUCUCUCAGCCGCCAGUUUCGGUUGCGCCACCUCCCGCUACGACACACCCGCAUCCCUCUCCGGCUACGAUUGCGCAGUCAAAGCCGAUGGUUCCAGUAGCGGAUCCGGUGACGAUGCUGCCGCCUUCUCGUCCGCCCUCUGCCGCUUCGUCCAAGCCGACGAAGGAUGCGACAAGCUCGACCUCGGCGCCGCCGUAG